AUGCCUGUGCUCACACCCUCCAUAUACAAACAUACAGUGAGUGACCGAUCUCAUGAAAUAUUGGCUGAAAUUCUGAAAUGUGUUUUCGAUUAAAAAGGAUUACGUAAGCGCGGUUGCAAAACUCAUUUUCUUACGGCAUAAUACUAUAAUAUUUCGGACUCGGCAGGACGUCGGCUUUUGAAUGCACUGCUUUUAAAUCUCAUGUAGAAAUCGUAUUCGAUGAGAAACGACUACUUAACUAGCAUGUAUUUUUCAUAUUGAUUUUCGAUGGCCCUGCAAAUUCAAACAUAUUUUAUAGAAACCACGAACAAAAAUAUACUUUCUUUCAGUCUUUUGAUAAAGAAUAAAGCCGUCUUUAUAUAAUUAUGCUCGAAGAAGGGGUAUAACUAGGUUUCAAAAAGUUUCUAAUUAUGAGAUUUUUCAAGACCGCACAAUGUCUAUUCAUACAGCAUCGUACCUGUCUGUUUACCACUGCUCCUAAUGAAAUUUAAAACAAAAUCCGCAUCCAUUGCAACAUUUUAUGUACCCUAUAUAGUAUCGUUUUAAAGGCAUAGAAGAGUAUGUGAUUUUCUUAAUGGGGAACGCAUGUACCUUGUAGAAUGAAAUCACUAAGCGCCAAUGCAACGGCUGAUCAGGCUCCAAAUUAUUCGGGAAUUAGAAACAUUUUUAAAACCUAAUUAUACCCCCUUUUCAGUUUAAAAUAUAAAGAAGAUGUGAUUCUCUAUCAAACGACUGAAGGAAAGCAUAUUUUUGUUUGAGGUUUCUAUAAAAUAUAUUUGAAUUUUCAAGACCAUCGAAAAUCAUUGUAAAAGAUGCAUGCUGUUUAAGUCGUCAUUUUUUUACCGAGUGCGGUUUCUACAGAAGAUUAAAAUGUGGAGCAUUCGAAAUCUCACAUCCUGCCGAGUCCGAAAUACACAAGGACUAUGUCCCAUGAUAAUGAAAGUUUCAACUCCACCUGAGUAAACCUUCCUAAUCGAAAACACAUUUCGGAAUUUCUGCCAACAUUUAAUGAGAUCGGUCAGUCACUGUAAAUUACAUGCAGAUGGGGGAGUAACGACAGAGACAAUAGAGAUUGAAAUGUCCAUUUCCGUCUUUUUAGGUGUCUUCAGCCAGCCUUAACAACCCCAGGUUUUCUGGACAUGGGAUUUGUCCGCAUAAAUGUUUGCCGUUAUGUGCAGUGGGACGAAUAUAUCUCGCAACCUGAUUGAUGAACGCACCUUCACCAUAAUUAAUAUUUCUACUCAUAACCGAAAGGACAGUGGGCUCAUGCCCCACUGGUAUAGCGUUGAACUUUAUAGUAGAUUGGCUAGCAAGCCGAGUUAGGUAUUCCGACGUGGUGAUCCAAGAAGGAAGGCGGUAUCUGUGAGACGAGUUAAUUAAGGAGCGGGCUUUGUAGAUAACUGGGUUUGUCGCCCGUUGCAAAAACCUGUGCUGUGCAAAAAUUGAAGCGAGUUUUGCAUGGAUUUCGAGUGGGUCUCCACUGGUUUUGCGAGUUGUUGUGUGGGAUCCGACCCCCGCUGUUAGCGCAUAUGAAUUUGAAGCCUUCGUGAAGUCUCCCCAAUGCAGUUGCAGUCGCCGUCUCAAGACUGGUCUUAUCAACAAAUGUUGAGGUUUCAGCAAGCAGCAAAGAAUCCUUCGGUCCCGUCGCACGGUCAUGCGUUGUGCCCUGGAAUCUAUCAGCGAUGUCCACCCUGAUGUCGAUUGACCUCCAUUACAAGACCUUUGAUAUAGGUGAUGACCUUCAUCACUCCUCCUGAUUAUUUUGUUAGUCGUUGCCCCUCUUGUGCAAUAAUUUUUGUUGCACAAAAUUCAUAUGGUUUCCAGUCACUCCGGAGGCAGAGUCUAUCUACCUGCUCUUCGUCUACUGUACUGCAGUGCGUUUAAACUCUUUGAAAGUGCAUGCUAACACAGCUUUGUUUGCUAGUCGGGGAGUGAUAACUGUGACGGUCAAGCAUACACCUUGUGGCAGUGACUUUUCUGAAUCCCGUAGGUUGCAACUCAUCAAAUGCCGACCGGUGCUGGAGGGCAUCAAGAAAAGGGAGUUGACUGUCUGUCUUCGUUUCCAUUGUGGACUAAACGAUUAGGGCUUUUCUGCUGGGGAUUACAGAAAAGUUAUUCCCUAGACUACUGCAAGUAGGCUGCGCUAAGGAACUUGAGAAAUUCAUUAAGUAGGACGGAGAUAAUGGCACAACAGAUCGUCCUGACUUCAUGCUGUCAUUAAUCGGUUGGGCAUGUGAAGUGUUUGGUCAGGCGCUGUUCAAUUAAAAAAAUUAUUAUUUUCCGUGAAUAAAAGCGAACAUUGGAGUUUACGGUGACUGAAAGAAUAUGAACGUGAAAAACUGCUCGAGCACUAGAAACACUUUUUAGUUUCCGUAACAUCGCUUGGUUCAUCUGGAUAGUGGUCAAAAUGUUCCAUAACUGCCUUCUGUUUCGUUAUUGCUGUUUGCUCGAACUAGGGGCUCCUGUUAGCCUUCGAGAACUAGAACUGACAAACAUGCAAUUCUGCUGCGUGAAAAGCCGGCCUGCUUGGCAGUUUUUCCGAAAAAGCUAACCUGUAACACGCCUAUCCGAGCCGGACUGCGCCGGUUUAGAUAAGAACUACUGCGUCCUUCGCUCUGUCGUAACCACCAUUUCCGCCCAAUGCGUGCAGUGCUUCCGUAAACCAUUGAAUAUAUAGUGUUACAUUGUGUGUCGCUGUCUCUCAGGCGCCUGACAGUGGUAGGGGGCAUCGGCCGUCCCACGUUCUAUCAGCUCCGCAGCCUUGCUUCCGGGAUUUGAAGUCUCGCUGCGCCGGCUGGGGUCAGUUAAUCGUUGAGGCGAGCGGCACUGAGUCAUAGUAAUGCGUUGGGGGUCUCACCGCCGCAUGCGUGGUCGAUCUGCAGGCUCAUCACGACACUUGACGAUGGCGUUUCAGGAUGCGUGUACCCGCAGAUCGUCCAUCAAGCUGUCCUGCCCUCUCCCCCUCCAUAGCGUCCCGAUAGAAUGCGUCUAACGAGCUUCAUAAUAUUUUCAAAGACUGGAUGUCGUUGGGACAUUGGUUUCCAUAUUUUCAUAACUUUCAGUGUCACACUUCCAGCGAACUCCAACUGAUUCUAGCCACAAGGAAACCUUAUUCCUGAUAUAGCACGUUUGUUUCGGUGGCUUAUUGAGCAAUGCAUAAUAUAUCUUUGAAUAAGGUGAUUUUUUGACUUAAAGACGGCUCAGACCCUUCGAUGAGACAAACGUUUGAGGCAAGUUGACUUACUUGCGAUUACGAGUUAGAUCAAUAUGCUUAAUGCUAGAUGGAAAAUGAUCGUUGGUGAAAAUUACUGUUGUACAAUCAAUUUUUUUGAACAUUUGGAAAACUAUUGCUCGUUUGGUGUCGGGGUUAUGUCAACGAAAAAAGGACAACUGCCUUCUAAACAAUCGAUAAGUAGACAGCCAUGUAACAACUUAUCGCCGAAGCUGUGAAAUCUCGUUUUCCAAGCAUACAUGCGGAACUACACGACUAAUCGCUAUUUUCUUAUGUUUAAAUCGCAAAGAAGGCCUAUUACUCAGUCAGGCGGCCUUGCCUCUGAGCACAAUCACUAAUAAACUCACAUAAGGUAACCUGUUGGGUUUCGAUCAGUAAUAACUGUGAUUAUCAGCCAGCAUCCACUCAGGCAAAAAAUUUGUUAUUUCGGUUCUGUUUAGUCCGUCAACUUCGGCUGUUUUUGCAGCCGCUAUGGUACUCCUCAGAAGAGACUUACGGCAGUCAUUUCUAUGCCAUCCUAUUAUUUCUGAACGACGUGGUACGCCUUGUUUCUCGAUGAAAUUUCAUAUUUAUCAUAGUGUGCCCAUCAGUAGAACUCCUGGCAUCCAAAUGUACUUGCAUACAGCCACGCCAUUUUGCAUACUUCGUUAGUGACUGAGCAGAUCUGUGACUAUCAGAAAUGUUACUCUUCAUUGAAUUCAAAAGAAACAUUAAAAAUAAAUGCGGAAAGUGCGCAUUAAUCUAGAAGUGCUUUCUUCCGAAAGUGAUUUGUACGGGCGCUUGGGAUGCUUCCCAGCAAAAACGAAAAUUUCGUCGUAGACAAAUUCCCACGAAAGUAUGUUCUAGGCUAACUGCUUUUGCAACCUCACUUAGGUAAUCGUUUCUACUAAAAAGCGUAUUUGGUGAUUUUAAUUGAUGCUUCAUGCCUCUCAUCGGACCUUCUUCCUCACUCUUUCCUCCGUCCAAUUUCAUGCUUAUGCUCCCGUGUAAUUGUUGUCUGCUAGUCUUCUGAAUAGUAAGUCUGCCUAGCCCAUUUCGCAUCGAAUGCGUGGGAACGCGUGGUGGCACAGAAAGGUUCCCUCAACCCCCCCCCCCCCCCCCCCCCCCCCCGGUGUUUGAGCCGCUACAACACUUUGAGGAAACCUCUGAUCUAAGCUGUACUUUCAUCCUUUUAGAAAACUACUACGGCCUUAGAAGCUUCUAAAUUACACAACGCAACGACGGUAUACUGUGAUUACUGGUGGAUACAAGACUACUCUCUGAUCUACGUGGAUAAUUUAUGUGAGGCGCCCACAGAGUUUGCCCUUCUGGGCACAGUCUCCUUCUGUCUCACUCUCUUGAACAUUAUUCUUAUCAUUAUUACUGGAUACUCCGUAAACUGGGUAGGUUGGUCAAGCCUAAUCCCUCCUUGUUUUAACAAUUACCCCAGUCCUAAGCACUUAGAUUCCACUUUUGUUUAUCAAGGUGAAACCCUCUGACUUAGUUACGCUGCCACGUUUCCCAGCUGUCACGUUUUUACCUAACAAUGUGGGACAAAUUUCAGUGGGCGGAAGUUCAUUUGAUUAGUGUAUCAGACGAAACUUGUGGAUCGUAAGCGCUGCAUGCAUGCCCAGAUCGCUUUGAGUUGGGGAUAUGCGAUCCUCCGCCUGAAAUAGUUGUCAGGUUGCCAUGCUUCCUUCUUACUGUGGUCUAGUGACAACUCCCAUCGUUCUUAACUCUGAGUCUGGUUUGUGGGAUUUUAGUACCUAGUGCGUGUGAGGCACUCUGAACGGCGCUUAAAUGCUGCGCCAGUCAUUGAUGUCCUUUCUACUUUUUCCUACCACCGAAACACGAGAUGCAUGAAAGGAUAGGGCUAGCUCGAUGCUGCAUAAUUUACGCGGGAGUCGACACUACCCAUUGAGACAAAGAUGGUACUCGAAGCGGCUGACGAACAAUUUUUCAGCAAAGUUCCCAUCCUUGUGUGGGCUGACGUACGUAGAGUCGGGGGGGGGGGGAGUCCCGGGAUUAACCCGUUGUCGUUCGAAGAUGAACACAGGACAUGACUCUCUGUCACCGGAUCAGAAAGGCUGAGCUGCAAUCUGCGUUGUUUUUUAUCUGUGUAAUGACACAAUCCUCCUAAUAUGCCGCACUGAUCUGUGCUUAUUGAGAAUGCCGUGACUAGGCGAGAACUGUAAGGAUUCCAGGGCACUUUAAGACAGGACAAAGGUGUUUAUUUCCGUCCAGCGACCAAUACAAAUCCACAAACGUUAGCUCAUUCAAUUUCGAGCGUUAUAAGAUGCAGGUAACGAGACGUAGACCCGUAACAUAAGUGGUGAAGACGUGUUUAUUCAACCGUCUUUUGCAUUGCUUGACAGUGCUAUUCAAUGCGAGGGUUGCUCAGCGUAAGUCUUAGGUCGAGCUAUGAGAAGGUUUAGUUUUGAAUUCUGAAUUAUGAUCAGUCUGAGAAAAGAGCUACUACGGCAAUUGGGCAAUCCUUCCGGCAGAAUGUUGCUCAAACUUUCAUUAGCAGACAUUAGAAAGGACUAAGCUGCUUGUCCUCACCCAUAAACAAAAGUUUCUUCAAAUUACCGAAAUCUCCCCCAUUGGGAUUUCAGGUCACUCCCACGUUGUUACUUAUCGACUCCAGUUUAACAGGCUGUAUGUUGCUUAGGCGAUCAAUUCCUAAACGACAUUUGAGCACUAAUGUUGGGCACGGUCUUCCGUUACCAAUAAUCUGCCUUAGGGACUCAGCAAGUAACCGACUUGUGAAGUGUUACCUUUGAGCCAUGCUUGACGUUUUCAGUAUUUACUGUCUCGAUUUAGAGCUAAAGAUGAUACCUGUUGACCACUAAGCACACUUUUUCAGCUGAAGGAUCUGGUGCCAAAGUCCUUUACCAAUGAGGAGACUCGAAUUUUCUACACGAAAGAUCUAAAGGCAAGUGCUGACAAAUUCUGUAAAGAAUUGUAA